AUGAAUGAAGAUCAACAAGAUGAUAAUCGACCAACACGCCAACAAAUUAUUGAAAUGCGAUGUUAUAUGUUAUUAUAUAUGAAACAACUUGUUAUAAGUAGUCCAGAUUUAGUUGUAAGUCUUAUGUCAGCACAUCCAAAAACAAUGUUACCUGCAUUUGAUCGUGGACAAAGAAUAAGAACUGUAUUUAAAUUAUUAGCAAGUAGUAAAGAAGUAAUUUGUUUACAAGCUUUAAAAUCAUUAGGAUUUUUUCUUCAGCGUAGUACAAAUAAAAUUAUUUUACAAAUUUCUGUUUGGCAAGAAUAUUUACUUGGUCUUGCAUAUGUCUAUCCAUCAAAUGAUCAACAAAUAGCUGUAACUGAUCGAGUUUUUGAAUUAUCAAAAAUUUUAUUACAUCAUGCUAUUAAAUUUGAAUUUGGUGGAUGGAGAGUUGGGAUUGAUACACUUUCAAUUUUACAUGGACGAGUAACAAAAAAAAAUUAUUGUCGAAAAAUUAAUAAAAUGGUAGAAAAUAUGAUAGAUAAUGAUGAAAAUGAUCAAAAAACACCGGUUUCUACACUGAUAGCAAGCAGUCUAUACACACCAAUUGAGGGACAAUCAGUGACAACACUGACUAACUAUAAAUCAACUAAACCAAUAGCUGAUUUUAUUAACCAUUCAAAUCAUCAAAUAUUUUGUGCUAAUGUUGUACAUAUUAUAUCUCCAAUGUCUGAAGUUUUAUGUAAUGUAUGUGGUGGUCUUUUACCAUUACUUGCUAGUGCAAUAUCAGCAUCACAUGAAAUUGAAAUAUUAGAAAAUACAGAAGAUUUAUCACCAUUCAAUGCAAUUAAAAUCUUAGAACAUGUUAUAAGUUUAGCAGAUUUAUUUAUUCUUGCAAAUAGUUCAAAUUUUUUUGAACUUAAACAAUAA